CACCCACAAUGAAAACAAAACGUGCAACCGGCCAACGAAAUGCCGCCAAAGUCGAGCAGCAAGAAAAACCAGGUUACUUGGUACCACUGCGAGUCCUGCGGCGUCCACAUUCCUUCGAAAGCGAGAGAGAACCACGAGGGCUUGUGCUCUUCAAUCAGCCAGGACGAUGUUGGCCCUGAUUCCGAGGCGGAGUACGUCCGGAGUGGGGCAAUCUAUACGAGAAGCCUUCAGCAGCGAAACUUUGAGGUGGAGUCCCUAAAGGAUCUGCCCGCCAAGUAUGCCAAUAUGAUAGUCUUCGUCUCCGAGGGUGCGAUGCAAUUGGCACAGCUGCACAUCGGACAACAUGUGGUGCUGGAAGCUCCUUCGACGUCGGAGCAGCCGCUGGUUAGGAUUGUAUGGCCCACAACGGAGCAAUUCCUCACCACAGUAUUUGUCAGUGAAGGGGAUUUUAAACUCCAUUGUACGCAAUUAAGAGGAAAGCUACUCAAGAUCUCUGCCCUGCCUCCCAGUCGCCUCACUGCGGCUGCCAGCAUUUCCAUGAAGCAUAUAAACGGCACAGAGACUUCCCUGAAGUUAGGACAACUACAGGACGCCAUUGCCCUUCUCAAAAGAGACAUGGUUAACAGGGUAUUCUGCAAGGACAGUCUGAUAUACAUGAAUUUCUUUAACAAAUCGCUAACUUUUCGCCUGGAGCGAUGGCAGAGUACAGUGGAAGAGGCUCUUGCUGGUCUCAGCCUAGAUUCCAAAGCGUUGCAGUUCAUCCAGGUUACUAACGUUACCAAGGUUCAACUAAUAGAAAAUGCAAAUCAGCAGCAGGUGGAGCAGAAGAUAAGUCACAGGAUCAUCAAAUCCCAAAUAGGCGGGCUCGAUAGGCAAUUGCAACUAGUGGAGGAGAGCAUGGAGUACGCUUUGGGCUUCCGAGCAUUGCCUGCAGGCCUCAGGGUUUCCCGCGGACUGCUCCUGUACGGCGCCACUGGCUGUGGCAAGUCCAUGGUUCUGGAGGCCAUGUGUGCAGUGGCAGAGGAGCGUAGUCAGGAACGUGUCCAGCUGAUACGCAUUAACAGCGGCGAAGUCUACAGCAAAUUCCUGGGUGAAACGGAACAGAAACUAAGUGCUAUUUUUGAGCGUGCCUACAAUCACUAUCCGCACCCAACGUUGCUGCUGAUUGAGGAUGUCCAUAACUUGUGUCCCAAGCAGGAAAGCAGCGAUCUUGUCAAGCGAGUCUCAUUGGCCUUUCUAUCCCUACUGGAUCAGCUAAGUAGUCCCAGCCAGCUAAAGGGAAGCAAAACUUUCGUCCUGGCCACUAGUUCUCAGAUCGAUGCCCUGCAUCCGAGCAUUCGGCGAGCUGGUCGAUUGGACAGCGAAGUGGAGUUGGGUGCUCCCAGCUCUCAGGCAAGGCUGGAAAUUCUGAAAUGCCUCAUCCAGUCGGUGGAGCAUCAGCUGAGUGAUGAGGAAGUGGAGCACGUUGCAUCUAUUACCCAUGGCUACGUGGGAGCAGACCUAGCAAAUCUCGUUUAUGCAGCCAUGCUUCAGGCGCAACCGAAUCCCCUACAAAUGCUGCACCUACAAGCUGCUCUGACCCGCAUCAAACCAUCGGCGAUGCGUGAGGUGCUCAUCGAAUGCCCCAAUGUGCAGUGGUCAGACAUUGGCGGUCAAUCCGAGCUCCGUUUGGCGAUGCAGCAGGCCAUCGAGUGGCCACUGCUGCAUGCGGAUAAGUUCCAACGCCUGGGCAUCAAGCCGCCAAGGGGUAUCCUCAUGUUUGGACCGCCAGGAAACUCAAAAACCAUGAUUGCCAAGGCCCUUGCCACCGAAAGCAAGCUUAAUUUCCUGUCCAUCAAGGGACCAGAGCUCUUUUCCAUGUGGGUUGGCGAAUCGGAGCGAGCGGUGCGAGAGGUCUUCCGAAAAGCUCGUCAGGUGGCACCCGCCAUAGUUUUCUUCGACGAAAUCGACGCCAUCGGUGGUGAGCGUUCGGAGGGCGAUGGUUCCUGCUCUGGUUCUUCCGUAAAAGAGCGAGUUCUCACGCAACUGCUCACCGAACUGGAUGGCGUGGAGGCCCUGCAAAAUGUCACCAUAGUGGCUGCCACCAAUCGUCCAGAUAUGAUCGAUAAGGCGCUGCUUCGUCCGGGCAGAAUUGACCGAAUUCUCUACGUAGGACUACCACAAUGCGAAGCACGCAAGGAAAUCCUAAAGAUCAAACUUCGUGCCAUGCCGAUAUCGAAUGAUGUGGACAUGGAGAAGUUGGUGCAGCUGACGGAGGGAUAUUCCGGAGCAGAAAUACAAGCCGUGUGCCAUGAGGCUGCCCUGAGAGCCUUGGAGCAAAGCUUUGAAGCGGAGGAUGUAAAGUGGACGGACUUUGAGCACGCUUUGAAGACGGUGCCUCCGCGGACUAGCCCUGAAUUGCUAAAACUCUAUGAAGAUUACCUCAAACGAAAGUAGAUUUAGUGAUCGGGUGACUAUAUCAACGACAUGGGCAAAUGCUUUAGCUGCUUAUAACUAUUUUAAGAUUGAUUGUGAUGACUGUUGAGGCAGAAUCUGCCAAACAAUGACGAUAAGAUUACAGAAAACAAAUCUGCUUAAUUGGCUAAAAGAAAUUACCUUGUUAUUACCUCUUUAAACCUCUUUACUGGAUCUGCCUUUAAACCAAACUGCUUAUUGUAAAGUAAAACCGAUUAGAGAUAUAUGGUCGACUUUGGUGCUUAGCCCGUUAAAAUUAUAAUUUAGUGUCUACAGAUUAGACUAUCAAGAUAAGAUGGCGAAAACAGACUUAUCGGUGAUAACUUCAAUGCUCUGUUUUUACCCUCUAAAAAUGAAGAGUAUCAUUCUCUUGAUUGAGAACAUCAAGAGCCAACGUUAAGAUCUAAACAAAUUUCCAAUUAAUGCGUCACUUAAUUGCCAAUAAACUGAUGUGGAACAACCUAAGAAUCUUGAUUUUUGUUGGUGUGUGAUAAAUUGGCUUACUUUGCAAUCAUGCGAAGGGAGAGCUGGGUGUCACCAAAAUACAACUUAUUUUAAAUGUAUCACUUUCAGUGCUCUGUGAUCUAUAACCCAAUCCAUAAGCGCGUCAAGUUAUUGUUUUUGAAAUGCUCCCAGUUAAUUGAAUGUAGAUAAAUGAAUAUUUCACGGUCUUUUGAGGUCAUACAGUAGUUGCCAAAAAUAUAUGAAUGUUGUACAUUUUAAUCUCAUGAUGAGUUACCAAAA